GCAGUCCGUCGGUCAAGUCGAGUCAGUCAGUCUGUUAUCGCGACCCGCCGCCCAACUACUGUAGCACGGACCGACAACAAAUAUUUUUUAUAAUCGUUUUGACGAUUUUCCACACACACCAAAACAACACCGCGAAACACGGCAACCACAAUAACACAACAUCGUCGACUGCGGCGUACACCGUUCCCCUGCGCGCUCGUCGUAGGUAUACUAUUCUUCACCGACGCCACCACCGUUGCCGCCGUCAACGUCUCGUGUACUUUCAACGCCGCGCGUCGCUUCGAACACACGUAACGACGCCGCCGCAGCAGCAGCAGCUCUCUCUCCUUUGGCGCCGUGUAAAUAAUAAUAAUAAUAAUAUUAUUCGUAAAUCGCGUUCGACCGAAAGCCCGCUGCCUCGCGGUGCGCGCCAUACGCGCAUAAAACUUGCGAUAUCGUCCUCGUCUGAUUGAUGUACUCGCGGUGAACUCGAGCCGCCACACUCGCCAGUAGCAGCCCACACGGCCACACACACACCAACCGGCCGCCAUAAAGAUGCAUAACAAAAAGGGCAAGCUGUGCACUAAGCUCACCAGCAGCUUCCUGCGCAAGUGGUGGGUUGUACUUGCCAUAGCCGUAGCCCUAUUGGUCGGUGGCCUCCUAGUGGUGGCGUUUUUCACGGCGGCAGUCGAGUUGGUUAUCGAUGACCAAAUCACCCUGCGGCCCGGGUCUCAGACGUUCGAGAUGUGGCGCAAACCACCUGUGCGACCUCUGUUAAAAGUUUACGUGUACAAUGUCACCAACGCCGACGAGUUUUUGAAUGUGGUCGCGCCCGGUGAAGUGCGCGAGAAGCCAAUCUUGGAUGAGUUGGGUCCGUUCGUCUACGUGGAAACGUGGGAAAAAGUCAACCUAACAUUCCACGACAACGGCACGCUCACGUACAACCAGCAAAAGGUGUACAGGUUCGACCCCGAACAGAGUGUCGGUUCCGAAGACGAUAUCGUCGUGGUACCCAACAUCCCGAUGUUGUCAGCCACGUCGCAGAGCAAACAUGCCGCCCGAUUCUUGAGACUGGCCAUGGCCAGCAUCAUGGACAUCCUUAAGGUGAAACCGUUCGUCGAGGUGAGUGUGGGUCAGCUGCUGUGGGGUUACGAAGAUCCGCUUUUAAAACUGGCCAAGGACGUGGUGCCCAAGGAACAGAAGCUGCCGUACGAAGAGUUUGGUCUGCUGUAUGGGAAAAAUGGAACUUCACGUGAUAAUAUGACCGUGUUUACUGGGGCCACAGACAUUCGGUUGUUUGCCGCUCUGGACAAGUUCAACGGGCGCACGCACCUACCACAUUGGACUACCGAUUCUUGUAACCGUAUGUCCGGCGGAAGUGAUGGUUCCCUUUUCCCUCCCAGGAUCCAACCAGACACCAUCCUACACGUCUUCGAUAAGGACAUGUGCCGAAAAUUACCCCUAGUGUUCAAGAAACAAGUUGAAGCUAAGGGAGGAGUGAAAGCGUACCGAUUCGGUCCUGACCACCGAGCGUUUGCCGACCCCGACCACGAGCCCGAGAACCGAUGCUACUGCCCUUCACUAAGUAGUUCCGGUGGAAACAGUACUUCUGGUACCAGCAGCUCUACCACAGCAAUGCCCACGGUGUCGACGAAAGUGAAUUCUCCACAGUGUGCACCUCACGGCACAUUCAACGUGAGCUUGUGCCAAUAUGACUCUCCAGUGCUGCUGUCUUUCCCUCACUUUUACAUGGGUGACCCACGACUCCGGGAAGCUGUUAGCGGAAUGGACGAGCCAGAUGCUGACCGACACGAGUUUUACAUUGACGUACAACCCGAAAUGGGAGUGGCUAUGCGUGCUAGAGCCCGUGUGCAAAUUAAUCUGGCCGUAAGUCAAGUAGUAGACAUCAAGCAAGUGGCCACAUUCCCCGACAUUGUGUUUCCAAUCAUGUGGUUCGAAGAGGGCAUCGAUGAGCUGCCCGACAACGUGAUCCAACUGCUCAAACUGGCCACACAGACGCCGCCAGUAGCCAAGGCCGCACUGCAGUACGCAUUGUUCGCCUCGGGAGCUGUGCUGCUGCUGUUGGCUCUCGGGUGUCUGGUGCGUAACUCGCACCGGCAAGAGACCAUGUCCCUCGAAGGGACAGCGCACUACAGCCAGGACGAAAAGAAGAAGCCCAAAAAGACGAUCCCGCCCGCACCCUUGAACUCCACGGUGUUGUCCAACGGUAACGGGACCGCGGCCAAGGCCAACGCCGGCUACGUGGCCGACGACGAAUAGCUUCAGUAUUCCGGGGAAAACGGGACGGCGCCGCAAGGCCCACCACCACACGGGAAAACUGAAAACCCAUCGUUAGGGUGCCGCUCAUAUAGUCGCACCGCCGCUCUAGAUAAUACGAUAUCUAUUGCCGAUGUACAUAAAAUGAUAAUUAUAUGAUAUAAUGGAUAUGACUUUGGCGGUGAUCCAAUAAAUUGUCAUUAUUAUUAUUAUUAUUAUUAUUAUUAAUUUUAUAUUAUUAUUAUUAUUAUCGUUAUUAUAAUAUAUUAUAUAAAUACUGAACUCUCUCACUCUCUCUCUAUCAAUUAACUGACUACUACAACUGUAUAAUGUUUGUGCACGCGUGGUCGAUACGUGGCGGAAACGAUUAUAAUCUCAUACAAUAAAUAUUAUAUAAAAAUAUGACGAUAUUUGCGUGAGCAGGUCACUUCUUCUCCGCAUCGUCAUAUUUCGACUUCAACAAUGAUAAUAAUUAUUAUUAAGAUAUUAUCCGGACGUACCUAUCUUUACGUGAAAUAUGUGACGUAUAAUACUGUAUACUAUCUUCAUGUAUAUAUAACGACAAAAUGUAUUGUCUAAAAUAUAACGUUUUUAUUAUUAUUAUUAUAAUACAUGAUAAAUAUUUUUAUUUUUGUGGAAAAAUGCUCAUAUUAUUAUUAUUAUUAUUUUUAUUUUAUUAUUAUUUUUGUCAUUGGUUAUUAUUAUUUUAUGUGUUUUUUUUCGUUCGUUGACUCAUGUACAUAGUUAAUAUUAUUAUAAUUAUUAAUCGGAGGAACUUGAUUUUAUUAGGUUUUCAAAAUAUUAUAUAAUUUAUUAUCGUAAACGUUGUGCAGUUUGUUUUCACCAUAAUCGCCUCAUGAAGUCAUGAAAUGCAAACAUGACAUAACACUUUCACGAACAAAAAGUUGUAGAUUACUAUACGGCAUAAAUAUUAUAUUUAAUAAUCCGGGGGAUAACAAACAUGCGCUCUAAACGUUAACAUUAUAAAAAUUAUAAUGAUAUUAUGAUUUUAUUAUUGUUAAUACAAAUAUAAUACAUAAAUAUUUUUAUUGAUUAACCGCUCUUGCGGUUGAGGUUUUCGGGUUUCGUUUCUCGUUGUUUGAAGUAAGUACAAUAUUAUUACAUUUUAUAUAGCAUUUGUGUACCUAUAUAUUGUUUAACGUAUGUUUUCCGGAGUGCGUUUUAUAUAUCGCUCAAUUACGUACCUAUAUAUAAUAUUAUCUUGUAUUAUAAUAAUAAUUACUAUUAUUAUUUGUACCUUGUGUUUAUAAAAUAUUUUUGUUUUAUUACUGUAAGAUUAUAUUAUAUCUGUGUUGUGUAAAUUUUCACGUGGGUGACAUAAAAUUAUUGCAAAUUAAAAAAUAUUAUAUUUACCUACCUAAAAACAUAAAA